UCUCGUUUGUAGGCACUUGGUUUACGGGUUUCUGUUUUGGUUGUCACUGCUAGUCCGGAGAGCUGGGGGACUUCCCAAAAACACAGGACGUGUCACAUCCGUAUCGAAGCUGUCGCACCCAUCGAGGUGUAAAUAUAGAGCUGGUUAUUACACAGCAGCACGAUUACGAGCUCAUAACCUUCACCACAGAUUAAUAAUAAUAUAUUUAUAGGAUUAAGUUUUUAUUUCUAUUUGAUGAUAACAUCCUGGUACCUGAAAGCUGAAGCAAGGAACGUGUGUAGUAGAAGAACCGUGUGUACGUGACUUAUUUUGCCUGCUGCAGAGAUCUGUGAUAGACGAGUAUGUCUGAGUGACAGGAAGAGUCUACAUGACAGUAGUGAGGCCAGCUAUGGGAGUGCAUGGAGGGAUGGAGCAGGUAGGAAAGUGUGGGAGGAGAUAUGGAGACGGUUUGAGCAUGUGCAGAAGAGGGAUGAGAGUGUGAGGAUGAGGAGGUGAGGGAGGACAUGCAGGAAGAAAUGCUAGACGGUUUGUGCCCAUUCAGUUAAAAGAUGAUUUGUUCGUAUAUGAGCUCUGCUGUCAGCCGACCGGGCGCCCACACAGACGCGAUUGGCUGUGAAUUUAUAUUUACAUGUUUGGCAUUUACAGAACUGACAGUAUAUACUGUCUAAGCAAUUGAGGGUUAAGGGUCUUUCUCAAGGGCUUGAACCAGCAACCUUUUGAAUGAUAGUCCAGUAAUCUACAUGCCAGGCUACAAUGAGUGUGUCCAGGUCCUCUUUGUUUCUUAUUUCCAUGGUUACGUUUGACCGCAGUGUGAUGGCCGGCCACUGCGUGGUAAACAUCGACCCUGUAAAUCCUCGUGUGGAAGAUGAAGACGACGGUCAUGAUGAAGGCGAGGAGGAGGACGAAGACUUGGCCGCGGGGAUCUCCCUGCCUGAGGUGACGUGUCCUUGCUGCUACGAGGUGCUGCUGGAUCCCACCACGCUGACCUGCGGCCACAGCUUCUGCCGUCACUGCCUGGCUCAGUGGCUGCACUCCUCGGGCAGGGCCGUGUGUCCCACGUGUCGCCGGGCGUGGCAGGGCUUCCCCAAGGUCAACAUCUCCUUCAGAGAUCUGGUGGAAAAGCACUUCCAGUCCGACUUGGCGAAGAAGCGGCAGAGAGUUUUGGGCGACCCGCACGUCGCUCAGUCUCUGUUGGUGCUGCAGGGGGUGGAGCAUCGCCUCAGCCGCAGACCCUCGCCACCCAUCGUGUGGUGGCAUCAGUGGCUGGGCAAGAGAAGCUUCUUCUCCGGAGUCCUCCUCACUCUGUCCUUCGUCGCUGUGGUAUUUCUGGUCUAUCACUUGGGUGGUGAGGAGGGGAAGGUGGAGCUGCUGCUGAAGAAGCCGAUCGGCGCCUGGACGACUGACGAAGUGACGCUUUGGGUGGAAAGUCUGGGCACGUGGGCGUCACCCUACAGAGACACGUUCCUCAGGGAGCAGGUCAACGGCAGAUUGCUGAGCGCACUAAGCGAGCAGGACUUCUCGGCGCCCCCGUACCUAAUCGAGAACGAGCUCCACAGACGUGCGGUCCUGAAAGAAGUGCGCAGGGUUCAGGAACUGGGCUUCAAACGACCCCGAAACCUCUGGGAGUACAAGGCGGUAAAUGGAGGGAAGUCGUUGUUUUAUAGCUACGCCAUGACCGACAGUCCGCGCCUCACCCUCCUGUACAUGUACAUGUUCGAUUACCACGACUCCUUCUUACCCUUCAUUCACACCAGCUGCCCAUCAGCGCUCAACAGCAGCUCGGAGGAGGCGCUUUCCUUCAGGAACCUGGAGGAGCCGAAUCGGAUGCAGUGGUUGGCAUUCGGGGUGAAGUUCGUCCUGUUGCCCUACCAGCUGAUUUCUGACUUUGCGUGGCACUGGAUGGACGUUCAUUACUGGACCGCACGCAUCGUCAUGUGGCACGCUCUCAUGCUCACGCUGAGAGAGGGGGACCUCGUGUGGCGCCUCCGGGGCCACUUAAACCUCAGGACGAUCCCCUCCAUAUUCACCGGACACGUGUGUCAGAUGGCAGCAGUCUUCUUCUCUGGACUGAUCCUCUGGAGGUUUUUGCCUCAGUUUUUGUGGGACCGUUUGUUUCACUGGGUGAUUUAUUUUCUCCCCGUAACCAGUACAGUUACACUACUGGGUCCAUAUGUGGGACUGCUGCGUGUUAAUAUACCACACUGACCACAACACACACACACACACACGUUACAUUAACCUGCAGAAAUAUGGUACAGUAUAAAUUCAUGCUCAUUUUAAUCAUUAAUAUAUAUCAAAUAUAUUUUUAUAAUAUAGUUUAUUUUAUAUUUUCUAUAUUUCUAUAUUCUAUUGUAUGUGUAAGUAUCAUGUAUAUGUGUAUUAAUAGUAAAUAAAUAAAGUGUUGUUACUAUUUUUGAAUAAUAAAGUGCUGCCUGCACUUUUUUCUAUAUGACAAAGUGAAAAUCCACUGCUGGCUCAGGCAGCCGGGGGAAGGUGCUAGUCUGUGGCACUCCUCUACCAGCAUGGUGGUGGUGCAAAGGGCAAAUCUGCUGUACAAUUUAUGUAAUGUGUAUUUAAUUACUAAUUAAUAAUAAUGUCAUUAAUUACUAGUGGGGGAACGAUUUUUCUAUAUUAUAUUAUGUUCUAUAUCAUAUUACGAGGUCGUGGCG